AAAAAAGUGUCAUUCUAAAUAAAGAAAAAACGAAAGAAAAAAAAAGCGGAAUCAGCCGGAUUAAUAAAACCCUAAAUCCCUAUUUUUUUCCUGGAAUUCUGAGUAUUUUUUAAUUAAAAUCCGUUCGAACAUGGCUUCUUUAGAGAUCGAGGUGGUAUCAUCAGAAUCAGAACCAAAAACAACCCAACAACAAUACUCUACUCAACAAAUCCCUAUAAUCGACGUCUUCUCGGCCUCUGCUUAUGGAGAUUUUGAUAAACUGAGAAAAUUCGUGGAAGAAGAUGACGCCUCACUUGCAACACCUGACGGUAACAGCUAUUACGCCCUUCAGUGGGCUGCUCUUAACAACUUCUCAGAUAUUGCUCAAUACAUUAUCGAGCAUGGUGGAAAUGUGAAUGCAACUGACAACCACCAGCAGACAGCUUUGCACUGGGCUGCAGUUAGGGGUUCGAUUGCCGUGGCAGAUGUGCUCUUGCAAAAUGGAGCUCGAGUCGAAGCAGCUGAUCUCAAUGGUUAUCGUCCAGUUCAUAUUGCUGCACAAUAUGGGCAAACAUCUUUCUUAAAUCAUAUUGUUGCAAAAUAUCAGGCGGAAUAUGAUGCACCUGAUAACUGUGGGAGGUCGCCUCUUCAUUGGGCUGCAUAUAAGGGAUUUUCAGAUACAAUUAAAUUGCUUCUAUUUCGAGAUGCAUUUCAAGGGAGACAAGACAUUGAAGGUUGCACUCCAUUGCACUGGGCUGUACUGAGAGGAAAUGUGGAGUCGUGUGUGUUACUUGUGCAUGCAGGCACAAAGAAGGAAUUAGCGGUAAAAGAUAAAGCUGGAAACACCCCUCUUAAGCUUGCAUAUGAAAAAGGUCAUCAGCAGAUUGCCCGUUUCCUUUCUAAAGCAGAUAGAUCCAAUAGCAAACGAUUGGUGGACAGAAUUCGCAGUGGGAAGAUGGGGGAAGUUGGUUAUGCUCCUAUAUUGUUUUGCUUUGUCGUUGUUCUAAUUAUCCUCUUCAUCAACUCAGUACUUACUACUCCAAGUCUUCCUAAGGUAACUGCCAUUGUUGGACUUUGGGGAUGGAUUGGUGUUUCUCUAGGUAUUGCGUCAUUGAUUAUGUUCUACAGGUGUAGUAGCAAAGAUCCAGGCUAUAUAAAAAAAUUUAGAAGAUUGGAUGGCUAUGAAGAUACAGAGGAUCUGUUGCUGAAUGUUGAUCUGAACAACUCUUCACUGUGGACAGGGAAUUGGGAUCAGCUUUGCCCUACCUGCAAGAUAAUAAGACCUAUUCGUUCUAAGCACUGCCCUAUCUGUAAGCACUGCAUUGAACAGUUUGACCACCAUUGUCCAUGGAUAUCUAACUGUGUUGGGAAGAGAAACAAACGGGAUUUCUUUGUUUUCAUUUGCAUGGGAACUCUGACUUCAUUCAUUGGAGCAUUCAUUGCAGUUCAAAGGAUUUGGACAGUAAUACCUGCAUUGUCUGCUGGUAAAACAUGGAUUCAUCUUGUCAUUGAUCAUCAUCCUGGUAUUGUUGCAUUUCUCGUUUUGGAUGUCGUGCUUUUGAUUUCUGCUACGACUUUGACCAUAAUACAGGCAUUCCAGAUAGCUCGGAAUAUCACCACUAACGAAGUAUCAAAUGCUAUCCGCUACGGGUAUCUCCGUGGCCCUGAAGGACAGUUUCGGAACCCAUAUAAUCAUGGUUGCCAAAAGAAUUGUACAGAUCUCCUCAUUCGUGGCUACACAGACGAUGAAAUUGCUUGGCCUCCAUUACAAAGUGUUGCCAGUUAGAGAAACUACGGUUAGCUUGUGUUGUGUGUUCUUUUUUAAGUAGAUGUACACAUCCCAUCCCACUUGUUAAUAUACAAACCCUUUGCACAUUAUGACCAGAAGAAAAGGGGUAAAAAGAUACAAAAAGGAUUAUUCUUCGUACAGAAAUGAACCUCUUCUAUUUGCUUCCUGGUUAAAGGAAGAUAAAACAGAAGCUUGUUCGAUCUACAUUGCGUUCUUAAUCUUGUAUUCAUUACAGGAAAUAGAGUAGGAGAUAUGGUAAAGUUCAGUAAUUGAUGCGUCUGCACUUGCAACGUUUGCUCAUGGUUGGAGCUUUUGAAGGAUUUCAAAUGGAAGAAAAUAGAGUAGGAGAUAUGGUCGGCCAUUUUGCUGCCGUCCAGUUGCGUUUCAUAUUAUACACUUCAUUUAUAAUUUACUCUUUGUAAUUGGGAUGGAAUCACGGUUGCAACUUGCAAGUUGUGUAUUUAUUUUUGGAAAA